UCCAAAAAAAAGCAGCCGCGGCUAUGUCGGUAAAGGAUGCUACUAAGAUAGUCCAUGGAAAUAUAAUGGAACUUUUCACCACUCAUACAGUCUUGUCCCUCCUUCAAAACAUGACCACACAACACAUGACAGCUCAGAGACUGUCCGGAUAUGAGACCAUAUUACUCAGUACGGCAAACCUGUUGAUAAAGACAUGUCCAGACACCUCACCAGUGAUAAGAUUUUUGCAUACACUUUUGAGACUCAAGCGUGAAGGUUCUGACGAACAAGUAGACCCAAUACCUGAGCACAGAUGUGAUGAAAUAAUCUUGUCAUGCACAACACCUAGGGAGGAUUUAAAGGACACACCACAGACUGACAGUAUAGAUGUUUUUGUGGAUGGAUCAUGCACAAGACCAGAUGACAGGACAUACCAAACAGGUUACGCAGUGGUCAUGCUCCCAAAUCAAGUGAUAGAAGCUGAACCAAUUGUCACAACUUCGGCACAACAAGCUGAGCUGGUGGCGCUCACAAGAGCCUGUGAAAUAUUCGCAGGACACAAAGUGAAUAUUUAUACUGACAGUAGCUAUGCAUUUGGAACAGUGCAUGAUUAUGCGUUAAUAUCGAAAAAUAGGGGGUAUAUCUCAGCAGACGGGAAGAAAGUAGCGAAUCAGAAAUACAUAGAUCACUUGCUACAUGCAAUUCAAUUGCCAGAAGCUAUAAGUGUGAUAAAAGUGAAAGGACACUCUGCAAAAGGAGAUUAUCAAGCUAUGGGAAACAACCUAGCAGACAGAGCAGCAAAAAUGGCAGCCAAGAGAGACACGAGAAGUGAAAAUAAGUUAUUAUUCAUGACAGACUUUGAAAGUGAAAACUGGGUGUCAGUAGUAUAUCAACUUCAGAAACAGUCUACCAGUGAGGACAUCAAGUACUGGAAAUCUCAGGGACUGCAGACGACAGGUACAGACCCAACUCAUCCAUUCUUGCCCGGAGACAAAGUUCUGGUGAAACAACUAGCUGCCCGCCACAAGACUGGUCCAAUAUACCAAGGUCCAUUUGAGGUUCUAAGAGUUGCUCGAACGGCUGUCCUUACUGACCAGAGUCCACAGUGGAUACACGCCAGCCGGCUCAAGAAGACACCAGAAGGAGUCCUCAGGGAAUUCCCCGGACAAACAUGAGUCUUUCGGACAAGAUG